UACAAUUAAUUUCAAAUUUCAAAUUUCGGUUAGUGUGCGUAAUAAAACUCUUAUUGAUUUUUCGCUCUUUCUCAACGUGCUGCGGAAAACAACAACAGCAACCGGCUCAGCAUCAGCUGUUGUUGUACCGUAGUCAUCAGCAUCGUCGACGCCGAUAGCGACGUCGACUGAGACGUUAAGUGGCAGCUCAUAUUUUGCCAAUAAGAAUUGUGCGCAGUACUCGACCGCAGCCAAUAGAAAAACAAACGUAGUUGCAGGCAGAAGUGAUAUAUGUACAUAUAAACAAAACGACGCAGUGCAAGCCAAACGGAUAAGCGGAUAGAGUGUGUGAGAGAGGAGUCGAUACAAGUGAUGUUCAAGUUAUUGAAACAAAAAGUGUAACGUACUGGCAUUAUAAAAUACAUAUAUUGAAAGAAAACGAACAACAAUAACAACGCAAAAAAAAAACUCACCAAAAAAAAACUUAUCAAAACCAAAGCGCACAAACAACACUCGUAAAACUAAAUAACAGAAAUGCGCGAGCUUAGGGAGCUGCGACAGCAGCGUCAGGCUUCCAACCUCAUGGCAAAAACGAAUCGCCUUGUACUAUUGCGCCACGGCGAGAGCGAGUUUAAUCUGAAGAAUCUAUUUUGUGGCUGGCACGAUGCGCCGCUUAGUGCGGGUGGCGUGGAACAGGCGCGCAGCAUCGCUGCAGCCAAUCUGAAAAGCGCCGGCAUGGAAUUCGAUAAGGUUUACUGCUCGAAGCUGAGUCGCUCCAAGCGUACCGCCGAUUUGAUAUUGAGCGAAUUGGAAUGCUCCUUUUUGCCAAUUGUAUCAGACUGGCGGCUCAAUGAGCGGCACUAUGGCAAUUUGACGGGCGUUAACAAACGGGAACUGGCCAAUAAGUAUGGCGAGAAGCAGGUACAGCAUUGGCGACGCAACUACGACGGCCUGCCGCCUCCAAUCGAGACCUCCAAUCUCUACUUUUACGAGAUCUGCAAUAGUUCCGACUUUCAAAAUGUGCCGAUCGAUGAAUUUCCUCUCACCGAGUCUAUGCGCAUGUGCGUGGAUCGCGUCAGUCCCGUCUGGGAGGAGAUCAAAAAAGAUGUGCUCAAAGGCACACGCGUCUUGGCCGUCGUUCAUGGAACUGUGGCUCGAGCCCUGAUUAAGCACGUUGAAGGCCUGUCUGAAGAGCAAAUCGAAAAGGUCAACAUUCCCAAUAGUGUGCCAAUUGUCUACGAGUUCAAUAUGGCCACGGGUCAGCUCAUUGGUGAGAGCAAAUACUUGGGCGAUGUCAAGUAUAUUGAAGAAAUGAAGCAAAAAGUGGCAGCUAUUGGCGAUUGAAAACUACAUAUUUUUUAAAUAAACCUAAGUUUUUAGCAAUAAGUUUA